AUGCCUGCCAUGAGGAUGCCCAUCACGUUUGCACCCAGCGCAAAUGUGUCUCCUCGCCUCCGCAUCCUACAACACGCCCAGCUAGCCAUUGCAUUCCUUGCAUUCUUCGCCUUUCUCGUCACCUUUCUCAUCCCGUUUCGCCAAAAACUCUUCACGCUCAGCCUUCUCUACACCCCGCUCCUCACCUCCAUAACCACCAUCUUCUUCGUCGUCCGUGAGCAAAAGAACGCAGAAGCUGGAACUCUUUCCAAGCAGAAAUAUGUCAAGUACCAGGUGCUCAAGAUGGUGGCUGCUAUCGGCAUGUCGUUCAUAGGAUUCAUUGGAUAUCUAGCUAGCGCGCCUGCUGAGGCAGACCAAGAUGUACAUCAUCCUGGCACACAAGGAAUGUGGUUGAACGGAGUCAAGAUUGGAAGAUGGCAAGGCCUAUUGCUUUGGCUCAACUUCUUCAACUGGGUCUUCCUCUGGGCUAGCUUGUUCUACUCGUGCUGCAUGACGAGCAAGAAGCAGGGUGCUAUUGCCCUUGCCGGUGACGAGGCCAACAUUGGUAUCGAUGAUGAUACUGCUAACGACGAAGCGAUUGCCCGCGAUCUUCAGGCUCGGGACCCCAACUGGCAGGCCUAG